UAAAAUUAUGGCUGAUAUUGGGACAAAAAGAACAUCACCUUUACAACAAACCGCUAACCCUCACCACAAAAAGACAGAUACGAAGAGAGGUAUCAUAAAGAAGCAAGAUCUUAAGAAGAUAAGUGAGCUGAAUAAGAUAAAAGCCAAGGUCAAGAGAGCAUUCGAAGAUCUAGAUGAAGGAAAAACAGGAGAUAUUUCAACCAAGUUAUUCACAAGUAUACUUCAUUGUCUUGGAAUUGAGAUUAAUAGCAGAUUGUUACAUCAGAAUGUGAUUAACGGCAAUGUUAAAUAUUAUCAGAUGAUACAAUUACUCAAACAAGAGUUAGACCAGAAAUCAGGAAAGCUUCAGUGGAAGUUUGUUGAACCAUCAAGUCAAAAGAAUUCUUCAUCCAGAGAAGCUAAAUCGAUAGACACACGUGUGAGCGGCAAUAGUUAUUCCUCUAUCAGGACAUCACAAGUGGACAAAAUUUCAGAAAGAAGUUUUAGGUCAAGGAAAAGCAUUAACAGAUUACACAAUGUCUCGAGAAUUCUUCAGAAUAAUGAAGACAAAAUUCCAUUCAAAAAUACUUCUACUAUAAAAUAUGAUGGCAAUAAAACACUAACCCUACCAGAAAUAAAUAAGCACAUUCCUGACACUCAAAGUCAUAUUUCAGGCAUUACUUCAAGAUAUGGUGGGAGUCCAGGAAACAUGCGCAAGCUAAAAAGUAUUACUAGUGACCGAUACAAAGGAGUCAACCGAAGUCAAAAUCAUUCAACAACUUCCUCAAUUGCAGACUUUAAAUCGACUAUUUCUUCACAAGCUUCUCAUUUUCAUGAGUUUCUCCUACAAGCUUCGAAAAUGAGCAGAAGUAUCGACAUAAAGAAGGCACUAUCAGUUUUGAAAUAUUUGAAGAAGCAGAAAGUUCCACUUGUUCCAUAUAAAACAUUCAGGGUUCCCAAGUUCUUAUGUGAUAUUUAUGAAGAAAUUCUAAUAAAGGAAAGAUCAAAGAGUGCUCACAUUACUGAAAAAGAGUUCUGUAAAUUAAUCAGCAAAUUUGUUGAAAUAGAAUUAGAUGACGUACUAGAAAAUAUUCAAGAAGGGUUGAUUCAAGUUCUCAAAGUUCAAGAUAAAGGAAUAUCGAUUGAGAAACUUGAAGAUUUACUUGAAUUAUACAAAUAUUUGCCUGCAGACCCCAAAGACUUAAAUAAAGUUGGUAAAAUCAGUGAUACAAAAUCAUCUAUUAAUAAAAGAAAGACUGGAUUAAGAGAGUGUUUAAUUAUCCUAACAGAUUUGAUCCACUCAAGAUUUGAGAACUCAUCCGCUGCUUUCAAGUGUUUUAACUACUCAGAUCAAGGAACUAUCUCAAAAUCAGAUUUCCAGACCACGCUACAUAAGCUCGGCCUCAAAUUUACAAACAGUCAGACUAUAUCACUCUUCACCACUGUCGACAAAAACAGCGACGGCUACAUAGACUUCCCUGAAUUCCACAGAUUCUUCAUCGAGACUUCCAAACAUAUUUCCAAAUCAUCCUUCUCAGAGGGUCCUCGUAGCUCAAAAAUGAGUCAAAACAACUCAAAAAAAUCUAAAUCCACUAGCAUUGACCAGAAAGGGAGUUUUAGGAAUUCCAAAUCAUCAAUAGACGAAGAUGAUGAGAUUAUAUCAAGAAGUUUAGCUAAUUUUAAGAAGAAAAUGAAAGAGAAGGUAUUCGCUCAAGAUCCAAAGAAUCUGAAUAUGAGUUAUACAUUUGGUAUUAAGACACCUCUGCCAGAUAAUAUUAAGGAGAUCAUGACUUAUUCUCCACUAGGAGAGUAUAUAAAAAUAGCAAAUAAACGUGAACAAGUCUUCCAAAACUCUCGCAAAUAGCCUACAAAUCUUCAAAAAGGCAAAACCUACUCACAGCAGCAUAAUCAGAGACACCGAGCUGAAGCGCCAACGCAAAGCACGCCACAAAAGCCCCCACAGCCCCAAAACAGUCAUCCCCUCACCUCCUCCCAUCACAACCCCCCAAUCCAGAACCAUACACAUCCCCUCACCCCCCAAUCCCAGACUAAAUCUCUCCUAAGACAACCUCAAUAAUCUUC